AUGAACCAAUAUGUCAACAAGAAAUACAGUUCAAGCUACAAGGCGACGAUCGGUGCGGAUUAUCUUACAAAGGAUGUUUUGGUGGAUGACCGAUUGGUGACCCUACAGCUUUGGGAUACGGCCGGACAAGAACGAUUCCAGUCGCUAGGCGUCGCGUUCUACCGAGGAGCUGAUUGCUGCGUUUUGGUCUACGAUGUGAAUAAUUCCAAGAGCUUUGAAACCCUGGAUAGCUGGCGAGAUGAAUUUCUCAUCCAGGCGAGCCCGCGAGAUCCUGAAAGCUUUCCCUUUGUCGUUUUAGGGAAUAAGAUCGACGUAGAAGAGAGCAAAAGAAUGAUAUCGUCGAAGCGGGCGACGACAUAUUGCCAGUCCAAGGGGAAUAUUCCAUACUUCGAAACCAGUGCUAAAGAGGCGAUUAACGUUGAGCAAAAAUCGCGAAGAGCGCUCUUGCACAGGAAGAAUCGGAAGAGUACGGCGGAGAUUUUGCCGAUCCCAUCAACAUCCACCUGGAUAACGACCGUGACAACUGUGCCUGUUAAUAUUCUCCGUUUUAUCGUGCCUUGUCCAAUACCCCCAAUAUUUGAUAGCCUUAGACUGUCAUUUAAGCAUGAACCACCCGCUGGAGGGUUAAUUAUUUUUUCAUAUUUUCUAUAG